AUGAAUCACUCCUCUUUGGACAUCACUAUAAUAUUCACUUCAUAUGGAUCCUUUCGCCCAAUCAAUUACUUGUUUUUCACUCUGACUUUUAUUUUCUACCUCCUCUCAGUUUUUUGUAAUGUUUUUCUGAUGCUGGUCAUCUAUUUUGAUUCCAGCCUACACAAGCCCAUGUAUAUUUUUUUGUUUAACUUGGCAGCAAACGGACUGAUAGGAAGCUCUGCUGUCUGGCCUAAAGUCAUGGAGAACCUUCUUUCAGACACUCAGAAGAGCUCACUGGCAGGUUGUCUGGUUCAGAUCUUUUGGGGAUAUUUCUAUUUAACUUCUGUGUAUACCACUUUUUCGGUCAUGGCCUACGACCGAUACAUCUCCAUUUGCAAGCCUUUGCAGUACCACAGCAUCAUGACUCCCGGAAAAGUGAAAACACUGUUGACUGCAGCCAAUGUUGUUCCUCUCGUCUCUAUAACCAUCCUUGUGUGUUUGACUUCAAGACUGCCGCUAUGCAAGAACACCAUUCACAAGCUGUUUUGUGAGAACCUAGGAAUCGUUAGCCUCUCCUGUGUGAAAAGUGCUCUGGUUAAUCUGUAUGGCGUUUGCAUGGUUACGAUCUUAGUUGGUUUCCCUUGUAUUGUCGUGCUGCUCUCAUAUGCAGCGAUCCUCAAUGUGAGUCUGAAAGCCUCAAAAGACGCACAAAAGAAAGCCCUCAGCACAUGCUCUCCGCAUUUAAUCACCUUCAUUAAUUUUGCCCUGGCUUCUCUAUUUUCUGUGAUUUAUAAUCGAUACAGUUCAUACCUACCAGAACAGGUUAACAUAUUAAUUAUUGUAGACACUUUUGUGAUCCCCCCUCUGUUGCAUCCAAUUAUAUAUGGUAUCAGAACACAGGAGAUCAGGAAAUGUAUCGCUAAAACAGUGAGGAAAAAAGAAAGAUUUUUCUGGUUUUUUUGA